AUUCUAUCCGUCAUGUGUCUUCAGUAUUUUUUCUCCACUAAUUACACCACUAAUUAAAAAAACAAACUUUGACGGACAAAUAAGGGUGUACAGCCAUUUGCUGUGUAUUUACCUGCUGUGAUUGAGGCCCUUUCUCAAUAUGCAUUGUUGUGUACUUGGGUUCUUGUGGACUCCUGAAACGUCAUCAGUCCGAGUACUGUUCCAAUUGUAAAGACCGCAUCUCGCCGAGAACGUGUCUCGCCCCGCCCAUUUUACCGGGUUUGCAUGGGAGCUGUCUUGUCCGUUCAUGUGGAAGCCAAAUAUCCCAGAAUGCAUUUCACCUCAGCAAUAUGCAACACUGACCAGCGACAGAGGAAAAUAAAAACAGACACAGAUGAGAUUUAGGUACAUUUUAAAUUGUAUUAAUAGAUUAUUUAUAUUUGUGCAUUUAACUGUACGAGCACUACCAAACUUAAUCGGCAUAUUGAUGUUAGAGCAACAAGACGACAAACGGGCGAUUCAUUGGCGGCCGAAAAGCGCGAAAACAAAAAUCCUCCACGAAUGACAACUGACGAGUGAAGGGUCUUUGUAAUGGAAGCCAACGCGUCUCAGACCUAACCAGGUUAUUAACGAGCCGCUUACUCCCCAGCGAAGACUUGUUUAGGUCGAAGACAACAUGGAGGAACUCUUCAGCAAGUGCUUACAAGUGAGCGUGCGCUGCGGGGACUGCGAGGAGAGGAAAGCUAACAUUCGUGUCACCAUUGAGCUUCAUUUGACAAACAGUCCAGUACACAAAAGGGAUCUUCUAGUGAGACUAACCGAUGAUACUGAUCCAUAUUUUCUUUUCAACCUCUCUAUAUCAGAAGAUGAUUUCCAAAGCUUGAAAGUCCAACAAGGGCUCCUGAUAGACUUUGCAUCAUUUCCUCAGAAGUUUAUCGACCUGCUUAAUCUCUGCUAUUCCGAGCAAAAGUCAGACACUCCAAGGUUUCUCCUGCACUUGUCCAGUCAGUCUCUGGUGGUUGAAGGCCCUGCUAACCUCAGUGUUGUAGAGACCAAUGCAUUCAAACACCUCAACCACUUGUCUUUGAGGCUUGUUCACGGCUCUGAUAAAGACAUUAAAGACUAUCUGGCAGUGUGUCUCUGCUCUCUCAAGGCAGAGAAACAGGCCCUGGAGGUAAAGCUUCAGAAGACCGACGAGGAUCUGUCCAGGCAGCUGAGUUAUGCCCAACAGACGCUGUCCGAGAAGACAAAGGAGUUGGACAAACUGCGUUCAGAGUGGACAAGUCAGACCAGCUCGCUUUCCAGCCGUCAUUGUCAUGAGUUACAAUCAGAGAGGGAGAAGGCUGCAGAGUUACAGAGCAGACUUCAGCAGCAGACUGAGUUGCUCCGUCAGGAGCUGGAGAGUUCUCACAGAGAGAGCAGCCAGCAGCUCCACAGCAGAUUGGCCGAGCUGGAGACCUCCAGCAGAGAACUGACGGAGCGGAAAUACAAGAACGAGUCCGUCAUCAGAGACCUAAAGAUCAAACUAGCGGGUGCAGAGGAGGAGUGCCAGCGUUCCAAGCAGCAGAUCCUGUCUCUCAGGAGGGAGAACAGCUCUCUGGACACAGACGUCCAUGACAAGGAACGCUCGGUGAGCCAGCUCCAGAUGAGAGUGGCUGUUCUGGAACAGGAGAUCAAAGAUAAGGAUCAGCUCAUGCAUCGCUCAAAGGAGGUGCUGGAAGCUACUCAGCAGCAGAAGGAUUCAAUGGAAGAAAAUGCUGAGAGUAAAGAACUUCAGAUUAAAAAACUUGAGGCAACAGUUAGAUCACUGUCUGAGGAGCUGAUCAAGGCUAACGGUAUCAUCAAGAAGCUGCAGGGAGAGGUUCGAGGUCUCGUUGGAAAAAUAAAAGUGAAAAACUCUGUAACUGUGUCACAAGAGAAGCUCCUGCAAGACACAUCAGGAAAACUUGAGAGUGUUGAGAAGGAUUUACAGAGCACCCAGCAGCGUCUGGUCACCACAGACGAGCAGGUUUUAAAACUAAAGGAGCAGUUGGAGACAACGGUGCAGAAGCUAAACGAAAGCAGAGAGGUGUUGAAGACGAAUGAGAAUGUUAUAAAUUGGCUCAACAAGCAGCUCAAUGAGAAGCAGCUCUCCAGGACGUCUCCUGAACGUGUGGACAGACCUUCCCUUCCAUCCACAGCAGCAGUACUGAAGACAGGGAAACGUGCCCCAUCUCCUGCGGAUCAGAGAUCAGUGCUGCAAACCAUCAGACACAUCGGAGACCCUGCAGGUCUGGACUCUAAGUACUUUGAGAAGAGAGAUGAUAGCAUCCCCGUCUACGGCCUGUCAUCUAGUGUGUAUCACAAAGAGUUCGGUCAGCAAACCAAGCCCUCUGUAGCUUCUGCUUAUUUCUCUGCGUGAAGAAGUCAUGACAUCAGAGUAUCUAUUCCAAUCCAGUUGGAUAUUCCUAAUGUACUAAUCUGUGACUGACCUGCUGUGUUAAAUUCACUUCUAUUCCUGUUUUAAUUUGUGCACUGUUGGUUUACAGAUCUAUCUUCUACUUAAGAUAGAUGUUACACCUUUCUGAGUGCUGGAUUCCAGUGAUCAUGGAGAAUUUUUCAAGUCUUUCAAUUCAAAUAUACAAUUUUUACCUAUAACUACAUUAAGUUUGCCAUCCUUGUAUGUUUGUGUUUUUAUGUUUUGUGUUGUUUUAUUUCAGUUAUUAAAUGUAAACUUUAAUAAAAUGUUUCAAUCGUU